AUGGCCUCCUUUUUAUGUCAACAAUUGAAUGUGCAAGUUGUGGUUAUUGAGUUAGAUGCAAGUGCCAUAGUUGAUGCCUUUACUCACCAAUCUGCAGCUAACACCAUUGUGUCCUUAAUUAUGGAUGACUGUAAGCUCUUGAUGGACCAAAUGCCCCAAGCAAUCAUUAGACACGUCUAUAGGAAAGUAAACAGAAGUGCAAACUGGCUUGCGAAUUUCGGGCUGAACUUAGAUUGUAAUUUUGAGUUGUUGACUGGUCCUCCUGUGGACCUUAUCUCUGUUCUAGAGGCUGAUAGUCGUGGUCUGUAUUGUAACAGACAGUGUAUUGAUCCUGGCUUUGUUUCUUAG